AUGACGCAACAAAAGGCACUAUUCCUCGAGAAGCCGCUGGGGGCGUUCGUAGUGGAAGACAGACCCAUCCCAUCGCCCGGUCCCGGAGAUCUACUUAUCAAGGUUGAGGUGACGGCUCUCAACCCGCUAGAAUGGAAACUCCAUAGGGGAUUAGUCUCCGCCUAUGUCGAUAAGUAUCCUGUCAUUCUCGGAGUGGACAUUGCAGGCACGGUCGUAGACGUUGGCGAAGGGGUCACCCACUUUGCAAAAGGAGACAGGGUGGCCGGCUAUCAGCAGUACACCCUGACAGUAGCAGAACUCACAGCCAAGGUUCCGUCUCAGCUACCACUUGAGGAAGCGGCCUCGAUCCCUAGCGCCUCAGUAGCUGACGCAUUUGGGUUGUACGCUGAGGACAACCCAGACGGCCCUGGGGGCGCCGGGUUAACCCCUCCCUGGGAGACAGGCGGACGUGGCAAGUACUCUGCGAUCCAAUUUGCGAGGCUAUCCGGCUUUUCACCCAUCAUCGUCACCGCGUCAUCCCGUAACGAAUCCAUCGUCAAGUCCCUCGGGGCGACGCAUGUCAUCGACAAAAAUCUAUCAGGAGAUAGCCUCCGCACGGCGGUCUCCUCCAUCACCUCCACGCCCAUCGAGAUCAUAUACGAUGAAGUGAGCCUCAGGGACACGCAGCAAGCUGCAUACGACCUCCUCGCACUGGGAGGGACUCUAGCCCUUACCCUUCCCCCGACGUUCCAGGCCGACGCGCAGGCGCGUAAGAGGUCCGGAGCUGAGGAAGUUGAGCCUGAGCUUCUUUGCUGCCCCGAGGACCUGCUUGCGAAAGGAGACAUUAAGCCGAAUCCUGUGCGCGUGCUCCCGGAUGGCUUGCAUGGCGUAGCGGGGGGAUUGAAUGACCUUGAAGAAGGUCGCGUUAGUGGUCAGAAACUCGUAGCAAGUCCUCAGGAGACCAAAAAUCAAAUAUAA